GAGUAGGUACUUCCUUUUACUUGACAGUAUCCCGAAUUAAUCGGCUGCAUUUGGAAGCUUCAGCAUGUGGAAGUUUGUGGCCUUUGUGGCCUUUAUUGCAAGCGUCACCUGCGAGGACGUUGCCCUAAGCAACAGGUAUUUUCCGGAUAAUUUCAAAUUCGGCGCAGCCACUGCCUCCUACCAGAUCGAGGGCGCUUGGAACGAGGAUGGCAAGGGCGAGCAGCUUUGGGACUGGUACACCCAUACAUACCCAGACAAAAUAAGGAACGAGAACAACGGGGACAUCGCGUGUGAUUCCUACCACAAGUGGCGGGAGGACAUUGAACUGCUGAAGGAACUGGGUGUGAACCACUACAGACUGUCGCUGUCUUGGAGCAGGAUUUUGCCCAAUGGUACCGUCUACAAUAUCAACCAAAACGGCGUCAACUACUACACAAAGAUUCUUGAGACUCUUCGCGCUAAUAACAUCGAACCAUUGGUUACGCUGUACCAUUGGGACCUGCCGGUGGUGUUCCACGAGAUGGGCGGCUGGUUGAACCCCAAAAUCGCCGAUUAUUUCGCCGACUUUGCCCGACUCAGUUUCCAGCUGUUUGGCCGGUAUGUCAAAACGUGGAUUACCAUCAACGAGCCACAAACCACCUGCGUUCAAGGGUAUGGAACUGGAGGAAAAGCCCCUGGAUACGUCCACAGCGGGGACGGGGUCUACCAAUGUGCUUACACCAACAUUCUGGCCCACGCCAAAGCUUACCAUAUAUACGACGAAGAAUUUCGGGCCACCCAAAAUGGAAGAGUGUCCAUUGUGCUGGACAGCGCGUGGGCUGAACCGGGCAGCUCCGAACUGGAAGACGAAGAAGCCGCGCGAACAGCAAUGGCUUUCAGUAUGGGCUUGUAUGCUAAUCCUAUCUACAACGGAAACUGGCCCCAAGUGGUGAUCGACCGCGUAGGCAACCGGAGUCUGAACGAGGGCCUCCCUAGAUCGCGCCUCCCUCAGUUGACUCCGGAGGAAAUUGAGUAUAUCAAAGGCACUUCGGAUUUCUUCUGCCUUAACACGUAUGGCACGUACUACGCCCAAUACCAAAACGAAGUGAACGAGAGCAUAGGAGACCCCAACUACUACUCAGACAUCGGAAUUCACACCUAUUCAGAUCCCGAAUGGGAGGCAGUGAUCGACUGGGUAUCGCUGGUGCCGUGGGGCUUCAGAAGCCUGCUCAACUUCGUCUGGACUGAGUACGAUGGAGUGGAGGAGAUCGUGGUGACCGAAAACGGCUGGGCUGAUGUAGAGACCAUCUUGGAAGACACUCAGCGGAUCAACUACGUGAGCCAAUACCUCAGCGCCCUCUUGGACGCCUACUACGAGGACGGCGUGAAUGUAACCGGAUACACGGUGUGGAGUCUGCUGGAUAACUUCGAGUGGACGAAUGGAUACACGCAAAAACUGGGCAUUGUUCAUGUGGACUUUGACGAUGAGGAGCGAAGGAGGACGCCGAAGAGCAGCUACAGCUGGUACAAAAGGGUCUUGGCCAACAGGUGCUUGGUCGAAGAAUGCGUCCGGGAGUGAGGAACGCAAACCUUAUAAAGGAUCCAGCUGUUUUCAAUAAAUACCUUACUCAA